CUUCAGUUAGUCAGUAGAUUUCGUUAGGUUACUAGCACAAAAAAAAAACAUUUUGAGUGAACUAAUACCACUCAAAACGCCUUGACAUAUCACAUAUUUCAUUCCCAGUUAAAUUUUCCUAAGUAAUUUCUUUAAAAGGAAGUGGUUUGUUUUCUUGAACCACGAUGGAAAAUCUCCAACCGGAGUCGGAUCGCGUUGGCCAUAUUGUCUGGGAUGAACCGGGAGCCUCGAUUUUUGCCACCGCCUCCCAGGAGCCCGUACCGAAUCUUCUGACCGAGUUCAAACCAAUGCCGAAGGGCGAGGACGACUGUGUUUCUGAUAAGGAUGUGUGCCGCAUUCUUACACAGUCGUCUGUCGCGGAGAGCUCAUUGUUCCGAAUGGUCAAACACCAGGUGGACGAAGUGGCCGCCAUGCUCAACAGUCACCUGCAUCCGCGCCAACGGAAGGAGCAAACCGAUGUGGAUGUCACCCUCGGUGUAGCAAGGGAACUGGCUCGCCAGCAGGUGGAGGCCAGUAGAUGCCUUCAACUUCAUCGCAAUGUGGAAAAUUUGAGGGAUCUCGAGAUGGAAGUGGCCCGUGCCCACACAGCGUUGGCUGUCAAGAACAAGAUCACCAACAAUAUCAAACAAACGGUGGAAGAUAAGCAGCGGGAGCGGGCCGAAGCUUUGGCGGAACAGCGAGCCGUGGAAAAGGAGCUGAAGGAGGAGAAGCAAAGAAGGGCUCAGAAGGCAGCCGUGUUUCGUAGAGAUCUAAUGGCCCAGAUUACCGAGGGGCGUACCAAGCGGAUACAAGAUCAUCGAAUAGCUGUGGCCGAGGGUCGUCAAGAGCUAAAGGAAUGCAAGGAGAUAGUGGAGCAGGGAAUCCUAAAGGAUGCAGUUACAAAGGCGCAGCAGCGCAAGGUGCUCCUCGAAUCCCUAGACCAAUCGGCAGCCAUGUUGAAGCAAACCCGCGAGGCCUACGCUCUGGCCCAAAAGAAUAAGCCCGAGAGAGGACUCCUUGAUGCCCUGGGACCCGUUACGGCGGCCUAUGUGUCAAAGGCACGGAAACGACGCCUUGAUGAGAUCGAGGCCAGGGACAUUAAUGCCGCUCGGCUGGGCUUCCAGCUCAGCCAGAUCAAGCACGAUCUGGAGUCCCGAGAUCAAGUCAUCACCAGUCUGCUAAUCCGCGAGCACAAGGCCAAGGAGAACGCGAAGGCCUUGGAACAGGCUAGAACCAAAAUGGCCAAGAAGCAGGAGAUUCGCGAACAGCUCCUCAGCCAGCGGGAAGAGCAGAAGUUCUUCCGAGAUAAGGGUGUGCAGGAUGCCCUGGUCAUGCCCAAGGAUCCCAUGUGCUUCGGCGAACGACAGUAUCGAAUGCAAGUGGCCCAGCGGGAGAACACCCGGCGCUUGGAUGUCCAAUGCUACCAGGACAUGGCCCACAUGGUCGUGGAGGCCAAGAAUAACAGGAAAGCCGCUGCCCAGGAGGUGGUUGACAUUGUACAGGAGGUCUACAACCAACAGAAUCGCCAGGAUGAGCUUGUGGCUAUUGAGCGGAUGAAGCUGCUCUCCAAGCAGCCACCUGAAGUUCUUUCAGCGCUCAAGAAAUCCAUUCUCACCGAAGAGGAGAUCAAGUCUUUAAACCUUAAGAAGUAGUUAAUGAGUUUUCAUUUAAUACGCGCUAGAUGCCCGUAUUAAGGCUUGUAGAAACAAAAAAUAC